UGCCUAACACGGGAGUGGGUCGCUGAGGCUGGUACCGCGAUGGCGGUUUCAUCCGGUGGCGGCCAAACCCUACAGCCCGUCACUCAUGUCAUCUUUGACAUGGACGGCACGCUCAUAAAUACUGAGGAUAUAUACUCCGCCAUCCUCAAAGAACUCUUUAGCCGCUACGGGAAGACGUACACUUGGAAGGAAAAAUCCCAGAUAAUGGGCAGGAAAGAAGUGGAAGGUGUGGAGAUCCUCCGAAAGCUCUUCGACCUGCCCUUGACUUCUGAAGAAAUCCUGCGCGAAACCGAGAAAGAGAAACGAGAGCAGUUCCCCACAGCUGCCUUGAUGCCGGGCGUGGACAGGCUGGUCCGCCAUCUGCACCGGCACAAGAUCCCCAUCGCCGUCGCCACCAGCUCCAUCCGCGAGGGGUAUGAGAUGAAAACGGGCCACCUUAAGCCCCUUUUCGGUUUGUUCCAUCAUAUUGUGCUGGGAGACGACCCUGAAGUAAAAGACGGCAAGCCGCAGCCCGAUAUAUAUUUAGUUGCCGCAAAGAGGUUCGAACCGCCGGUACCUCCGGCAAAGUGCCUCGUGUUUGAAGACGCGCCGAACGGGGUCAAAGCGGCCCUGGCUGCCGGCAUGCAAGUAGUUAUGGUCCCGGACGACAGUCUGCCGAAAGAACUGACGAAAGAAGCCACCCGCGUCCUACAGUCGAUGAACGAUUUCAAACCAGAAAUAUUUGGCUUGCCGAAGUUUGAUUGACACUUGCUAUCUGUUGAUCUUAGGAUUCAGGUUUUCCGAUUGGAGGACAUUCUUUCAGUAUUAAAAGCAUUCCAAAGGUUCUUGAUUAGUUCUAUAAGAGCAUGCUCUAUUCCUGGAUAAUUCACUUACUGAAAUCCACCAGUGCUGGGUGGAAAAAGAUGACCUGCACUGUAUUUGUAAUGCCUAUUCUACAAUGUUGCUAACAAAUAUCCUGCCAAGGGAUAAAUUGGUGCCUUGCAUGGGAGCAUAUAUUCAGCAGUUCUCCAUACAAGAUAACAAGCAAAAUUUUAGGGUCUUUGUGUGCAACUCAUCACAGCCUUGUAUAUUUUAUUAGCAAAAAAGAGGUGCCACUGCAGUAUUCCCCAUUAGUAUGGCCAUUGGCUAUUCUGGCUGCAUAUAAUGGAAACUGAAGUCAACAUAUGCAAGGUAUCAGCUCCCUAGCUGGGGAAUGCUGAAAUCUUUGUCUCCAACUGAAGCCUUUUUCCACCAAAAACAGGAUGCAGUUCAUCUGCUUACUGCUUGCUUUAAUUUGAUUCCAAUAUGAUUAGCCAUGGUUUGUUAACUAUAGUGUAUUGAAUAAGUCACAAUUGCCUGGAUUUACACAGUACCCUAAGCCAAAGUUAAAUAAACCACAUUAUUCUAACCCAUAAUGUUGGUUAGCAUGUUGUGUGAACCC